AAAAUUUCACUCAAUAAUCAUCAAAAUUCGACAGUAAAGAGGGAAAGAGACUCUUUUAUCUUCUUUUAAUUUGUAUUUGUUUUAAUAAAAAUUUAAAGUUAAUGGGAACCAUUUCUUGCGUCAGUUAUGUUCACUUCUCUAGUUUCACAAAGCUCUCGAAAAACUCAAUCUCUUCAUCUUCAUCAUCAUCGCUACCCUUUUGCAAGAACCCAAUUUCCAUCUUCAAAAGCUUCACCUUCUCUCCUCCAAUGGCUGCUUCUCUUCAAGCCUCAGCUUCGUCCACAAUGGGUGCGAGAAAUGAGGCUGUGGAGGCAAAGGCAAUUGCGUCGUCAGGAAUGGUGGGACAACAUGAUCUGCUAAUUGUGGGACCAGGUGUUCUUGGUCGCUUGGUUGCUGAAAACUGGAGGGAGGAACAUCCAGGAUGUCAAAUUUAUGGGCAGACCGUGACGACGGAUCACCAUGAUGAGUUAAUCUCAAUGGGGAUUAAUCCAUUUUUGAAAGGGACUAAAACUGAUCAGAAGUUUCCUUAUGUGAUUUUCUGUGCUCCUCCUUCAAAAACCCAAGAUUACCCUGGUGAUAUUAGGAUGGCUGCUUUAAGCUGGAAUGGUGAAGGUUCUUUCUUAUUCACAUCGAGCUCUGCACCCUUUGAUUGCAAUGACAAUGGACCAUGUGAUGAGGACACUCCAGAUGUGCCGUUUGGGAGAAGCCCUAGGACAGAUAACCUUCUCAAGGCUGAAAAAGUGGUGAUGGACUUUGGUGGUUGUGUUGUUAGGUUGGCUGGACUUUAUAAAAUAGAUAGAGGUGCACAUUUCUAUUGGUUACAGAAGGAGACUGUUGAUGUUCGUCCAGAUCACAUCCUGAAUCUUAUACACUAUGAGGAUGCAGCUUCCCUCUCCGUCACUAUUCUGAAGAAGAAACUUCGUGGCCGGAUUUUCUUGGGUUGUGACAAUCAUCCUUUGUCCAGGCAGGAAGUAAUGAACUUGGUUGAUAAAAGUGGGAAAUUCAACAAAAAGUUUGAGGCCUUUACAGGCACUAGUGAUCCUUUGGGAAAGAAGUUGAACAACACAAAAACUUGUAAGGAAUUAGGGUGGGAGCCGAAAUAUCCUAGCUUUGCUCACUUCCUUGGAGUUUCCGAAUAACUCAUACCUUCAUCUUCGUUGCUGGGAUUGGAUGGAUUCAUGGUAGGAGAAACUUGAUUUAGUUGGUGUCUUGUGCCAUGUUUCCCCUUUUCCAAUAAAUUCUAGCAAAUAGUUAUUCAUAUACCAUGUCUGAAACAUUCACAGAAUUUCACACUAGAGUGUUAAUAUUACAAAUUUAUACGUUGGCACAUUUGCAGCUGGGUUGUACUUUAAAUAUUCCUUUCAGUGAUUUGAUUUAGGUUUGAUGUGUAAAGCUAUCAAUGGCCUUACUCCCUUCUAAAGAUCCUAAUUCCUAUGUGGAAUAAAUAUGAAAUUUAUUUG